CGCCCAAGAUGAAGAUUAUCCGCACGGGAUACACAGGCCAGCUCUACUCAACCUGCCACGUAGCCAACCUGGACCCUCGCACCGGCGCGCUCAAAUCCCGGCACACGGCUCAAGGCCACGCCGACACAUCGACCUGGGCGCGCGGCCAGGCGUGGGCGAUCCUCGGCUACGCGCAGACCUACAUGUACACCAGGGACGCGGCGUUCCUGUGGGCGGCGUGCGGCUGCGCAGAGUACUUUCUCCAGCGGCUCGAGACGGCGCCGGGGUGUGUAAAGGUGCAGGUUUCCGUUCCACCACAGGGGGAGGACGAGUCCCUCGGGAAGACAAAGACGAUGGGACGGUAUGUCCCUCCCUGGGACUUUGACGCGCCGAUCAUACAAGACUCGGACGAGAGCAACCUGAACCCCACGCGCGACUCGUCGGCGGGUGUUAUCGCGGCCAACGGUAUGCUUGUGCUGUCUCAGGCGCUGGCUGGUGCAGGUGAGGGCGACUUGGCGACGCGGUUCCGGGACGCGGCUGUUGCCAUUGUCCGCGACACGCUGGAGUUUGCGCUGGCUAGCGAAAAGGUGCGGUUUCGAGGUGCUGGUGCUGGUGCUGGUGGCGAUGGCGGUGAUGAGCUUGUGGCCGAGGAUGUUGUAGAGGGGAGGCGGUUCGACGCGCUGCUCAAAUUUGGGACGGCUAAUAAUAACAUGCAUGCGAGAAAGCGGUAUGCUAACCAUGGGUUGGUGUAUGGUGAUUACUAUCUGGUUGAGUUUGGGAAUCGGCUGUUGCGGAUGGGUCUUGCAUAGUAAGGUAGAAACGGGAGUCGGGAUUGGGGGAUGUAGUGCCUGACUGCCUGGAAAGAGGUAGAUAUACUUGGUAGAGCUGCAU